CACGCCUGUCUGGUUCUCACUUUGCUUUCCUCGUUCGUCCGCCCAAUUUGCAUGUGUUAAUCGGGUCCACGGUACUUCGUCGGGCGCUCCUGGCUUUAUACUCUAAUGGAUCUGGAGUUCCGAGGUGUUCUCGCGCCGAAUGGGUUGGCGACACAUGCCUCUCUGUUAACGCCUCCGGCCACCACCAGCGACCUUCGGAACAGUCUUAGCCUCCCCCGGCCGAUGACAGCUUUCGACUUCUCCCCCAGACCCUCCGAACCUUGCACCAUGGAGAAGAUCCCCGCCGUCACAGGCAAGCGGCGGGGUGGUUGUCGGAAGGCUUGUAAUGAGUGUAAGCAACAAAAGCUUCGGUGCGAUAUCGUGCAGACGCCCGCGGAUGCAUGCUCACGCUGCCGCCGGCUCCAAAUAGAAUGCAAGGUUGAGCCCACUUUUAAACGGAUCUCCAAACGCCGGCGCAAUGCUGAAAUGGAAAGAGAAAUCGCGGAUCUCCGCCGUCGCCUUGCCAAUGGGGAGCACCCUCCGCCCGGAGACACAAAUGCCCGUGAUGAGCUAUCGCAAUCUCCGGAAGACGUAUUCUGUUCUCCGGAUGCCAAUGUUGGCAUCAAAGGGCGGCCGUUGUCGGCGCCAUUGGAGCCGCAGCCCAUGCCUUCCCCACUGACUAUUCAUCGAGAUGCAUCUAUUCUUUCGCAGGAUGACAAUCCGUGGAAACUUGAAGAUGUCUCCUUAUCUCGCCCGCGAGUAGCGCGGCUAUUUGACCAGUUCUUCAAAUACUAUCAUCCCUUCCUCCCACUUCUGAACCCACAGAAGCCUCCUGACGAGUACAUGCGCCGUUGCCCAUUGCAGGCCUGGACCAUCAUUUGUGUCGCUAGUCGACGAGCGCCUUCUGAACCCGGCCUCCUCAGCGCACUCUCUGGGCCGUUCAGCCGGUUGCUCUGGUCCACCAUCACCGGGGUACCCCAGGACUAUCGGGUGGUCAAAGCACUCUGCCUCCUGUGCACAUGGCCUUUACCCACAACCAGCCAGCGAACGGAUGCUACUUUUAUGCUUAGUGGCUUGAUGAUGCAGAUUUCAAUGCAAUUAGGGCUGCAUCGUCCGGUCCAAGCAGAGGAAUUUACCACCUUCCGCAUGGAAGUUCAAGGGGAGGCCGUCAAAGAUCGAUUACAGACAUGGGUUAUUUGUAACAUUGUAGCUCAGAAUGUCGCGACCGGUUACGGACAACCUCCGUCAACAAUCUACGACUGGGCUUUGGAGCCCGCCUCGCUUCGCGAUGCGGAUUACCACCCCCCGCAUGACCUCAAGACCCGACUGAGAAUUGAGAAAUUCUGCGAUCGGGUCACAAAGGCACUGUAUAGCAGCAAGCCCGACCCAGCCGAAUUUAUUAGCUCCGAGAAGCUUUUGAUUGUACAGCUUUUGGAGAAUGAGCUGAGAGAUAUGGAGGUCGAAUUUGGUCGGGACAUUUCAAACAUCAACAUGAUCCAUCUCAGGGCGGCUGAGCUGCAUCUAAGAUAUUUUGUCUUCUUAGGCUCUAAUGCCCGGAGUGACGACUUAACAAAACUCUUCAUCGCGACCACGUCAUUCCUCGGACGAGUCCUUGAUCUUGAAACCUCACCUGGCGAGCUUAUCGGCCACGCCCCCAACUACAUCCUUCAAAUGAUCGUAUCAGCCGCUUUCGCGCUAAUGAAGCUCCUGAAGAGCGAUUUCCGCCGCCACAUCGACUUCGAACACGGCAAGCUGCUCUUCAACGGCGCCAUCUCCGCCAUCCGUCGCAUCAGCGUCAUGGACCACGACCGUCCCGUGCGGUUGGCAGACAUCCUGGCGCAGAUGUGGAACGCCGGCAGCCCGGAGGAUCCGGCCAGUGGCGAUGCCCUACAGCUCAAGAUCCGUUGUCGCAUGAGCAUGAGCCAUGUCUAUGACACUGUAUGGCGGUGGCGCCAGCGGUUCCGCCCUAUGAAGAGCGUGGAGGACACGCAAACUACUAUGGUCAACCCCAAUAUGGCCACGUUAAGUGGCUCGUUGGCACGGCCGCAAGAUGAGUCUCUGCAGAGCACGAGCUUGAUCUACACGCCGAAUUUCGACCAAGGCGCCUUUAUCAGCGAGGCUGGCUUCUCUGAAGUCUUUGAUUCCCUUAACUGGGUUUUCGAUGGGAUUCCAGAUUCUUUCGUGGCGCCGCCUAUUGUAUGAGUCAUGCGCGUUCUUGUGGGCCUUGAGCGCUGCUUGAAAAAGCUGGGUAUAUUAUUCCAUGCACAGAAGAAUUAUACCACCGAU